CUCAUGGUGUGAUAAUAGAAAUAAUUCAGUUUGUAAAAUAAAUUAGGUAUUGAAAUAUAUGUAUACUAUGAUUAUUUUUCAUAAAUACAUAUACUUACAUUUUUAGAAAUAUAUAAUUAUACGUAUAAGACUCUAUUGGAACGCAGAAUUUUCUCGAGUUUUCUCAAGGUGUGUCUAGUCUAAAAUUGAGAAAUCAAUACCCUGUAUCUUUAAUAAAUGGGAUUACUUGAAGCAUAGAAAGACAAACCCAGGGAACAUUUCAGGUGGGCAACAGUUUCAUCAUGUUGUUGACCAUUCUUUUAAUUUGGACCAUAUUUGGAGGGUUUUGUGUAUGUUUGGAUCAAGGGAAAAACGUACAGCUGUGUGAUUCCAUAGUUCCCACGACAGGUGUGAUCGGUCGACAGGGAAUGCUUACUCCUCCUAGGCACCUGAUCCCACCUCUAAAUACACAAAUCUGCAAUCUGCAAGAACUCGAACAUUACCGAAAUAUUCAUUGUUUCGAUCGGAAUCAUGUGCCAAUAAACACUGUCGUCAAUGAAGGAACUAAAUGCUUAGUGUCCUGCAACCAUGAAAGGGCCUUUUCAACGUGGAAAGCUUGCGUGAAUGGAGAAUGGGUCGGGUCUGAUAUAAGUUGUAAAAACAUUCAGAAGAAAGACUUCCAGCACAGUAAACAGAAAAGAUUGUGGUGGGGUGGUGGCGGUGGAGACAAGACACCACCUGAUAUUACCUGUCCGCCGAGCAAAACAAUUUAUGCUGAUUAUACAGGAAGAGUGUACGUUUGGUACAAUCAACCUACUGCAACUGAUGGGGGAAGUUCCAACGGAGUCACAAUAACGAGAACGUCGGGGAUAGCGAGUGGAACCAGAACUGGAAUUGGCACUUAUAGGAUUUGUUACAAAGCAAAGGACAAGUCUGACAACGAGUCCAAAGAAUGUUGUUUUUACGUGUAUGUCAGAAAUUGUCCAACGAUAGACAGAUGCAGGAGAGUGCACUGUACCAACACUCACAAUCAGAAGUGUCAACUCUGUGAUGCUGGUUACCAUCCAGAAGGCAAUAGAUGUGAACAUACUGUCCCACAACUGACAGCUGAUGGAUCUACGUCAGUGGAUGAAGGGCAGUCCAUUACAUUACGAUGUACCUUGUCGACACUGGGUAACUCUCACAUCACGUGGAGCUGGGUGUGUGGAGAUGACACACUGACCACUGGAGUGACCAAUACAGGGAUCCAGUCAGUGCUGACAUUGACAGCAAACAGAAAGUACAACCACAGAAGGUGUCAGUGUAGGGCCACAAGUCCAAGGCUGCCUUUGUAUAAUAGGACGUCAGGAACACAGACUAUCACUGUGUACUAUGCACCCCCUGUUGCCCCACAACUGACAACUGAUGGAUCUACGUCAGUGGAUGAAGGACAGUCCAUUACUUUACGGUGUACUUUGUCUACGCUGGGUAACCCUCACAUCACGUGGAACUGGGUGUGUGGAUAUGACACACUGACCACUGGAGUAACCAAUACAGGGAACCAGUCAGUGUUGACAUUGACAACAAACAGAAAGUACAACCAGGGAAGGUGUCAGUGUAGGGCCACAAGUCCACGAUCGUCACUGUUGUAUAACAGGACGUCAGGACCACAGACCAUCACAGUGUACUAUACCAAUGUUAUAACCUCAAUAUUAAGUGAAGAAUAUGUCAUCAAUGAACAUGGACGACUUCAGAUAAAAUGUAAUGUGGAUGGAAACCCCUUAUCUACCAUCACGUGGUUGCUUGUUCAAAACAACACUGUUGUAAAGAGAGACUCUAAUGUAAGCAAUAGUUCAUUGGACAUAUUGUCAGCAAAUUGCGUAGAUCAUGGGAAUUACAAGGUUACAGCAGAAAAUGGAAAAGGCCCAGCUGCUACGAGAACAACCCAUGUGGCAGUGAGAUGCAAGCCUCGAAUGUUUAGCAUAGAUUUCCAAACUCCAGAAAAGCUUGGUAUAGGAAGUAAUGAAUCUCUUCAAAUACUUGUGAAAAUGUUACUGUAUCCACAAGCAACUCUGACACGGUGGGUUUUUGUGAGGGAAAAUAAUGAGAGUAAAGUCAUUCAGAAUAACACAGGUGGCUACAGGAUAACGGACAAUAAGAGAGAAAAUAAACAAAACAUAUCUCUAUACAAACGGAAGGUUGACACAGAGGACUUUGGACAGUACACGAUAAUGGUUCGGAAUGAUGUUGGUUAUUUCACCAGGAUUUUUUACGUACAUGUAGAUGCAGAAAGAAUGCAAGAGAAGACCAACCAUCAGAGGGAGACAAUAGUCGGCAGUGUUGUCGGCAGUGUGGCGUUCAUAAUCGCUGUUUUAGUCAUUGUGAUCUUCAUCCGAAGACGUUAUAAAGGCAGCUGCGUUACAAAAAUGGAGACAGAGCGCAUAGAUGUAAAAGCAGCUGACCUAUCUAAAGAUGGAUCUAAAAUAUCUUUGGCAGGGCAAAAUGUACAAGGCGAAAGGCAAACCUAUGAGAGCAUACAAUGGUCCAGUACUGAUAAUGGAUACGAAGAACUUUCAACGGUUUGUAAGAAACAAGAUGAGCGAGAUCAGAUUUACUGCAACUCCAAGAUGUCAGCGUCUGCAGGUGUGUACGUAAACUUGACAUUUCAAAACUAGUGACUUUAAAGGAUAUCCAACCCGGUGUACCUUGUUUUACAAUUCUUAAUAAACCUAAGAGAUAAUGCUAAACUUGUAAUUAUGUAUGCAAUCACAAUAAUUUAAUUCCCAUGUAUCUACAAAAUAUUGUACCUGAUAUUAGAAACACAUUCUCGGUAUUUCACUCGAAAGUCUUCAAAUUAUAUAUUACCAAAAUGCAGGUUGGAACUAUUCAGCAAACCUUUUAUUUCCCAUACCGUCAGAAUUUGGAAUACUCUUAGUGUUCAUACAAGGGGAGCAACUUCCAUCAAAAGGUUUUAAGAAAUGGCAGCUAAAUAAUGUGGUAAAACCGCCAAAAGCCUUUUCAUAUGGGAAAUGAUUUAAUGAUAUAAUUUACACAAGGUUGAGACAUAUUUUUCACGAGCACGAGAUUGACUUUACCUAUGUGAGACAGCCAUAUGAGAUUUUUCUGUCUCACACUGCUGCGACGUCAUUUGAUUGUGAUGUAAUACAUUUUCUAUGAUUUACGUAACACGAGGAAGUAAACAAUUUUGUUAUUCUUUAAAUUUCAUUCUGAUACAGCUUUCAGACUGUCUAAUUAGUUAUUGCAUUGAAGUUGAAAUAAGGAUUUUGAUAAUUGUGAAUUUUCUGAUAUUUGUGAACUUUCUCGAAAAUGUUGAAUUUAUGCACUAAACUGUGGGUAAAAUGUUAGAAAAAUAAUCAUUCAUUGUUUACUCGUGUGGGAUAGAGACAUUUCGUCUCUGGAACAAGAUCCCUUGCCCAGAACUCCGCAAAGUUUCGUCCUAGACUGUGGAUUUUGUCCCCUCGGUGGAAUUUCCCUAUCCCACACUCGUGCCAUUGAAGGAUUCUAUUAGUAUUUUAAACUCUUGCAUGUAUCUAUUUCGUUGUAAAAUAAUUUACAAUACAAAAUGUUCAUGUGGAUAUUCAGAAUGUGCUUACCAUUUUUAAAUGUUGUUUUGUGUGUGUGUGUGUGUGUGUGUGUGUGUGUGUGUGUGUGUGUGUAACAUAUGCUACUGCAAGACACUAUUCAAUGAAUAAAAUACAAUAAUUCGAUGAUAUAUACCUUCUAGAUGUGCAUCUACCUGCAUGCUACGGGGGAACGGAAUUUUUCAAGGGUAUUCAAUCUUUUCUAAAUGAAUGUGGCCAUUUCUCUGGGUAAAAUAAUUACGUGCUUUUUUAUAUAUAAUUUAAUAAUGAUACCACCUGUACUCUCUGUGGACACACGUAAUAUUAGUGUAUUGUAUUUCUUUGUAUCCGUUGUAAAUUGCUGAUGAUGUAUGAUAAUUUUAUCAAUUAUUGUAAUUGGAGUGGGCUGUGUUUUGGAAUUUAUGCAUAAUCGUUUUCAUUAUUCUGUCAAUAAACCCAAUAAAUGAUUUUAGUAGACGUUUAA